UGCCGACUGCAAGCGGCCAUAGCAUGGAUUAUCAUCAACGCUCCGAGGUUGCCGAGUCCGCCGAUCCUCUACAGCCCGAGACAGACCUCACCAGCGCCUUACAGGCCGAACUUGUGUCUCUCCGAAGCAGAGUCAAGGAAUUAGAAGCUGAAAAUGCCAAACUAUCUGCUCGAGUUUCCAAUUGCCGCUGUCAAAACGCAGGGAUUGCAAAGAAGAAAUUGAAGGAGAGAGAGCCAGGUUGUAACACAAGGAUCAUGCGCCAGCCUUUAAAGAGAUAUGUUGCUCUAAAAGUCUUGUACUUUGGUCAGAGGUUCUAUGGUUUCGCUUCAGAGGCACAGAUGGAUCCAACUGUUGAGUCUGAAAUUUUUAAAGCUCUUGAGAAGGCGAGACUCAUAUUUGGUGACAAGAAGGACUUGCAGUACUCAAGAUGUGGUAGAACAGACAAGGGAGUAUCUUCUGUUGGACAAGUGAUUGCUCUGUUUUUACGGUCAAAUUGCAAGGAAGCAGGGGUUAGAAAUGGAUAUACUGUGAAAAAUAUUCCUGAAGAGCUUUAUGAAGGAGAAAUAGAUUACGUGAGACUUCUGAAUCGUGUCCUUCCUCAAGAUAUUCGAGUCAUGGGCUGGUCUCCUGCUCCAAUUGAUUUCAGUGCAAGAUUCAGUUGUUUGAGAAGGGUAUACAAGUACUUUUUUUGGAGAGAGAAACUGAAUAUAUUGGCAAUGGAAACCGCUGCCAAGAAAUUUGUUGGACAACAUGAUUUCAGAAAUUUCUGUAAGAUGGAUGCAGCUAAUGUGCACAACUAUAGGCGGCAUAUCUUCUUGUUCGAAAUUUUGCCCUGCAAUGAAAGGUUUGGACGUGAUGAACUCUGGGUGAUUAGAAUAGUAGGUAGUGCUUUCCUGUGGCACCAGGUCCGGUGCAUGGUUGCUGUUCUAUUUUUGAUUGGCCAGGGUCUUGAAUCCCUUGAUGUAAUUGACUCAUUACUGGAUAUUGCAAGGACACCAAGGAAACCUCAAUACCCAAUGGCCCCAGAGAUUCCCCUUGUUCUUCAAUCCUGUGAAUUUGAAGAUCUCAAAUUUAUGUGUUCAUCAGAUGCCAAGCAAGCUUUGCAUGCGCAUUUGGAGAAGGAAUGCCGAACAUACAAACUCCAUGCUGCAAUCAUUCAUGAGGCUUUACUUAACUGUUCACUUAUUGAAAAUGAUGACCGUCCAUUUAGUAAUAGAAAGAAAAAGAAAGAACCUUCCCAUGUUCCUCUCAUUUCACGGCCAACUGAGCCAUCCUAUGAAGAGCGGCGUAUUAAAUGGAACUCUGGAGUUGGAUCACAAAAAAAAUUUAUGUUAGAAUCAACCACGGAUGAGGAUUAAUUCCAUUUACUGCUAAUAGUGUUGGUUGAAGCUCUGGUAGAUUUCUGGAAGGCCAAAGAAUCACCGUGUUACUCUGGGAUUGAGUUCAGCACAUCUUGCAUAAAAAUUUUUGAUGACCAAGGGGCUGGCCUUAUAUUUCUUUGUCAUGAGGACAAGUUUGCUUACACUUUUUUAUUGACCGCUGCUGUCGCUCCAAUUUUACUGUUGAUUUGACUGGUCAAGCUUCAUGGAGAAGGAAAGAAAAGCGUCCCCCCCCCCCCACCCCC